AUGCUGCAGGUCGAGGGCACUUCGUCACUCGCGCAGCAGAUCGUGCCGAAGGGCGAGUUCGUGGGCCAGGCGUUGGUUGAGAAAGCGCUCCUCGGCGAGCCCGUUUUCCCCGAUCUGGUGGUGAUAGGGGAAUGCGGGGGCAUCGACGGGGAGGGCCUGCAGGAGUUCGAGAACGCCGCGAAGGCGCCUACGGAGGCCGUGGCCGACGCGGAGGCUCAGCAGAAGAUGGAGGCCGCGAGGAAGAGGAGCUGGCUUGCCACGGGCGAGGCCAACCACGCGGCGUACGUGAGGGCGGCCGCGGCGGAGGAGGCUCCGCUGACCGAGGUUCCCUGCGGGGAUCCAGAAGCACGUGAAGGCUGGGGCCUAGGCGGCCGAGACGAAUGUCAAGGUGGACGAAUUCCUAGGCGACACCGACGAGGCGCCCGCCGAGUUGCUUCAGGGGGCCGCGGUCCGCGGGCUGGAGUACGAGGGCCUUGGCAUCUCAGGGGCCGAGCGUGA